AUGUAUGCCAAAGCCAAGAAUGAAAGUUGGAACGAUUCGAAUGCAGAAGAGCAAAUUCGAAUUAUUGUUACAGGUUGUCAAUUUCUUACAGUUGUCGUCUAUUUAUGGUGGCAGAAUGAGAAUGUAAUUCUUUGUGUGUGUGUCUGUCUGUGUGCUCUUCAGGGAAGACUUCCUGUCCCCAAGGAAGUGAACCGCAAGAAGGCUGGCGAGAUGGGGGCUGCCUCCCUGACUCCACUUGGCAGCAGUGAACUCCACUCCCCAGGAACCAGUUACCUCCACUCUUUUUAAUCACCUCCAUUUGUAUUACAUAUGGUGUAUGGGUAUUGAUGAGGUCAUGGUAUCAUAUAUGGGAUUUUUUUCUGUGUAAAUCAUCAAGUAUAAGAAGAAACUAUGGGACUCUGAGCCUUGCUUUAGAGAUUUUACAGUGGACAAAUAGGUAUCAUCAAACCAGUUUUUAAUCAUUCUGACUCAAGUGAAAACGCUCAGAAUUUCACACUGUGAAUCCACGUUUACAUCCCUUACAGGUGGGCCUUCAGGCCUGGUUUGCUACGACAAUGUCUUCCACAACUCAAACGCCCUCUGCUCUCACACAACCGGUCCACUUCUGCCUUUUCACUCACACAGCUCCUGACUGCUUCUUGCAGAGGCUGAGAGUCCCCUUUUUUUUUUUUUUCAUUUAGAUGUAACAAGCCUAGUAGUUUAUGUUCAUCAAUUGUCUGUAUAUCUCUAUAUUUUACCCAUGUACUCUUUUGAUGUAUAGAAGUAGUUUGAAACUCAUUGUUUCCUUGUGGUAAGUGACCGAGAUGCUGCCACAGGACCUGAGACACUGAUGAAUGGUGCUAUUUUGGACUUUCAACAUGCUCCUUGGCGAGGUAGCUCUGAUGGAGUUAUUUUUUAUUUUCAUGUUCUAAGAAGGUGUUGGUACUCUGUCUCCCUGAAUGUCGUUCUCUAGACUGGAUUGACCUGUUCUCCUCGUGUCUUCAGUGUGGCUUUCUUCGUCAGCGUUGGAGGUUGAGCGGGCGCCCCCGCGGAGCAGGAGACCCCGGCUCACGGGCUGGCACUCCCGGACGCGCAGUCACUGUAGCGGGAGCAAUCACAAAACUGUAAUUUCCUUACCAAAUCUCUUCCUUUCCGUAGCCUCGCCUGCCUAACUUAGUGAACGAAAAGCAAUAAUUUGACAGGCGUCUUUAGGUGUCUCUUUUGGUUCUUUCAUUUGAAAGAAUAUUCAGGGGGAAAGGGGCAAACUUUUUUUUUUUCCUUUUUAUAAAUGCCCUCUGGAGGGGGGGGGAAAUCCCCCAAAUUAGCAUCUCAGUAGGAACAUGAAAGUUACACCUUUCCCAAAAAUUAGGUUGAAGAAAAUGUCUUUACCAAAAAAAAAAUAAAAUCUUUUUUUAAAAGGCAGAGCACUCUUUUUCAACAGUCCUGAUAAGCAAGGUGUAGAUUUUACAUUUUUGUCCUUGCUCCCAAUGAAAUGGAUAAACAAAAAUACAAUCAGACAAUACCAUCUACUCACGGAAUGUUGUUGUGUUAGCCAGUCUGAAAGCCCACCUUGAUUUUUAUAUAACUGUCUUUUAGCUCUUCCUUUGACAGGGCAGGCUUCGUUCUGAACUGUUCCGCUUCUGACUGUUACACAUCGACUGACGCAUGCGCUGCACUUCUUCCUUCUCUUCUCGCUCGCUCCCCGUUGGCCUGAGUUUCCUGUGCAUUUCCCCCCUACCUCCUUUGUUAGAGUAGGUAUAUCCGCUGUGUAAAUAGAGCAAGAAACAGUAUUCUGCAUCUGUGGCAUUUACGUAGAGUUGCAGUUGUGUACUGCUGAAUAUGCAGGCUUUUGUAACAAUGUGAUCUUUACUGAUGCACUCACGACAAGUACCCAAUGUAUUUUAGCUAUUUUAGUAGUAUUUGUUCAAUAAAUAUGCAAGCUGUAUGGUAA